AUGAAGGAGGAAUCCACUCGAGGCACACCUGAGGGCUCGACUGCCGACGACCCUGGCUCGAAGGCCAACCUCGCCGCCAAGGAUCGCAAAUGCCAGUACUGCCAGCAGGCAUUCACCUCGUCAUCCUUGGGCCGCCACCUCGAUCAAUUCCUGUUCAAAAAGAAACCGGACGGCGUUCACGAUGUGGAGGAGAUCCGGCGACUUCGGAGUGGAAUCACGAGGCGGCAGGCCAGGACAUCUGCGGGGAAGACGGACGCGAGUCCUGAGCGAAGCCAGAAGAAGGGGUCCGUAGACCCGUCUAUUGCUGUCGACUCCAGCUCAAAGUCGCGCGACACCCCGGUGCGCAUGAUGUUCAACACACCCACAUGGCAUGCGACUGGGGUGAUCAAUGACAUCCCGAACCCCAACCGCGUACCGGAUGGGCCACGCAUCGCCCCUUCACAGUCUCGCAAUGCCUCACUUCAGCUGCCAGAUUAUGCGAGUCGAGGGGCAAGUGCCAGCAAUCCGGAUACCAUGCGAGCACUGGAGCUGGCCUUGCGCGAAGUGCUCGACAACAUUAAAGCGGCAACUGUACGUUCCCGACCACGGUUGUCCCCAUUCGACUUCGACAUCCAAUCGCAGACCUUCCCGUCCUUGUGCUUGCAACUGCUUCCUCCCCCGCCGACCUUAUUCGCAACAAAUCCCUUCCCCUCAUCGUCUUCGUUCCCACUCCAACCACCGGGCGCCGAAUAUGUUGAUACCGUCCGACAAGCGCUACGGUCCCAAGUCGCACAAUGGCAAACGGAUCAAAUUUCAGCUGAUCCAGCUGCUGCGCACCAUGCCCGGCACGGAAGCAACGGGGUGGAUUCAAGCAUGGUAUACCGAAGCGCACAACAGCACGAAGAGAUCAGUCUCCGGCAUCUAGAGUUGGCCUUCAAUCACUGGAAUUCACUUUCACACGACGCUCGCCGCGACGCAUGGCAACUUGAAAUCAUGCGCGCAUUCGCACGGGAAGCCGAAAAGCGCAAGUCCUCGGAUGAGCAACUUGCCCGGGUACAGCAGGAAGCGAACCAGCUUCGUGCGCAGGUUGAGCGUCUUGGCUCAUGCCAGUGGCCUCGGGAAUUUGCUCUCUUCCCACCUGAUACGCUGCCCCUCCCACGGCAAGUUGCGCGCGAACUAGACGCGCACGACAGCCACAUGAGUCCCACCUCACAACGAUGGGAUUACGACAAUGUCGUCGCGAAAUGGAAGCGGGUUGUCAUGCAUGACAAGGGCAUGGGUCGCAUUGGCGUUGGCUAUGGGGGAAACCCAAGCCCGCUGGGGGAUCCGGAUCACAAUCUUCCCCAACAGAGCCCUGAUAUUCGGCCGCCACGCCCAGGGGAAGAUACCACAUCCCACCCCAACCGACUGCGGCCUUUGCAGUCCGCGGCAACUCGGAGCCCAGAUGUCGGUGCUGCAUCUACUCCUGCGUCAUCUAUCCAUUACGCCUCGCCCCACUCUUAUGCAGAUCCUCGUAGCCCAUCUGGCGCCCUGCCCCCGGUGACUGGGCUACCGCCAGCCAAGCGGCCCCGGCUCAUGAAUGGGUCGGAUGAUCCUGCGGAGUCUGGACCUCCUCCACCUCACACGGUGGGCAAACCGUGGGGAUCUUCUACUCCCCACCUCUCCAAUCUUGCUGCCCCCUCGGGGCAGACGCCUCCAUCUCGAAAUUAA